AUGGCGGGUCCUCGCACGAAGCGGCAAUUCGCCGGCGCAGCUAGCGAUCCUGCGCAACGCUCCAUCACCUCGUUCUUCAACAAGACUACAAACACCACCACGUCGGCCAAUGCCGCCUCGAAAACGACGAGCGAACCGCCUCUCAAUGGCCCUCAUAUCCCAGGGCAAGUUCAAACCGACCUCUUGAAUGUCGGCAUGCGAGUCCGUAAGGCCAUCCCAGAAGGCUACAAGACCGGCAGCGCCUACAGCGGCUUCACGCUCUGGGCCGAAGACAACGCCGUCCGCAAGCCCACCCCCACCGAGGACACCUACGCGAUCAAAACCACAACCAACCCCACCACAGCACCCACUUCUUACCUGCGCGAACUGGAGCCCUUCUGCGGCAUCAACCGAGUCGGCGGGUUGGCCUUCCAGCCCUCCCACAACAACGGCAGCUCAGCCAUGAACGACAUGGACGACAUGGACGCCAUGCCCGGCCUAGCCAGCAGCCAAGACACCAUCUCCAGCACCCCCUCCUCCUUCCCAUCCUCUUUCCCAACCACCACCACCACCACCAUCAUCACCACCCCCACCCCAACCCGCAAGCGCAUCUUCACCUCCGACGAAGACGACGCCGCCACCACCACCACCCCAAACAACAGCAGCACCACUACGCUCCCCUACCGCGGCCCCGUGCGCCUGAGCAGCGACAGCCCCGAGGCGUGGCUGCUGGAGCUGGAGGAAGAGAUCUCGCCGCGCAGCGCGGCGCCGCCGCCGGGGCUGUGGGAGAGCGCGCGCGUGCUGGCCGUGCCGCGGUCGCGGGCGCGGGCGCAGCAGGUGGGGUUGGGGUUGGGGUCGGGGGGUGGUGGGAAGGGUUCUUCUGUUGGUGGUGUUGGUGGGCAGGAGGAGAAUGUCAUGGUUGUGGUGCGGCGGGAGGAUGGGAAUGAUUUUGAGGAGGCGAGCUUUUUGGAUUAUGGUUUGACGGCGGCGGAUGGAAGGAUGGAUAUUGAGUGA